GGUGUUGCAUGCUCAGGGAGUGUGACAGAGAUAGAGCGAUUCCAUGAGCAAGAAAGAGACACAGAGGCAGAAGAGAGGGAGAGCACGGAGCAGGGAGAGAGAGGGAUGAGGAGCAAACAGUGAGAUAGAGGUAGUUUGCAGGGCUGAGAUCUGCACACAAACGUGAGCAAAGGAAGGGGGAAGGAGGAAGAGAGCGGAGGGUGAAGGAGAGCAGGAGGAGGGGAGAGAGAGAGAGAGAGAGAGAAGGGGGAAUGCAAAGAUGAUGGAGCCCAGAAAUAGGCUUCAUAGGACAGAUUUUCAUCCCGGCUCUCUGCGGCAGACAUGACUCUGGGCACUGGACUGUGCUGAAAUUAGCCAGGGGGACAACACAGGACAGCAGGUCUGCAGCAACUGCCUCGGUUCAGCCUCACUUGAUGCAGCAAGGCAGCUGAUUUAUUACUGAGGGGCUGGGUGGCAGCGUGUUUGCGUGUGUGUGCAUGUGUGUGUGUGUGUGUGUGUGUGUGUGUGCAGGUUUUAUGGUUCCUUGUAACUGCUCGAAGCUGUGGGAGCGACCAUUCCUCCAGUCAUAAAAUGACAUUCAGCAGGCAGGGGCUUUGUGUGCUGGCGUGGAUCUGCAGUCUUCAGUAGGAAGUGGGAGAGAGGGAUUUGGAGCUGUCAUCGAGUGCAAGUGUGUGUUUACAGUGCUGUUCGCUGAGGUGAGCCAAGGAGGAUCAGCUGAAUGCAGUGUGUGUCUGUCUUUAGGUUAGAGUAGCAAGGGUGCAGCAAAGGCAAAGAUCCCACACAAUGCAAGGACGAGUGCAGAGCAGCACUGAUGGCAGAAGGUGCAGGUGAAGUACAAGGAGAGUCCUGGGGGUAGGGUGGAGGUCGAAGGCAGGGACAGCAGAGGAGGAAAGAGCGAAGCGAGGCAAGUGGAAAAGAGAGGGUGAUCAUGGCUGUCACGCAGUGAGCUAUAGCAUAUGCUGUAGCGCAGAACAGAGUGGUGCGGCAGGGGGAGGACAAGCAUCACUGCGCAGGGGAGGGGGGAGGAAGGGAGGAAGAGACUGAGGGUGAGAGGAGGGGGGGAGGCAAUCAGCUCAGCACCUCUCCUCUACCAGGAAGAGAGGCACAGCGGGACGGGCCCAGGAGAAGACUCACUGACGAGUCAAAGACAUACUGACGAGUAGCCAGGUCAACGUGUGGAGGUCAAAAAGGGAGCUGGGACAGGGGUCGGUGUACCCCUGGCAGGUCCAAGGGAACGUGGGCCGGUCCUAAAGAAGAAAAAAAGAUUUUGCUGGAGAAAGAGCAGUCGGCUUUUCCAAUUCCUGUUUCUCUUGAUAGUCCUGCCACCUCUCCACAACCAUGGGAGAAUGGACCAUCUUGGAGAGGCUGCUGGAGGCGGCUGUCCAGCAGCACUCUACCAUGAUUGGAAGGUGGCCAGAAAAAGGAGACCAAAGGGAUGUCCGUGUUGCUCUGUUUCUGCUGGAUAUGAUACUGCUGACGGUGGUGGUGAUUUUCCGAAUCCUGAUAGUCGGCAUAGUGGGUGAGAAGGUUUACGAGGAUGAGCAAAUCAUGUUCAUCUGCAACACCAUGCAGCCCGGCUGCAACCAGGCUUGUUACGACAAAGCCUUCCCUAUCUCGCACAUCCGCUACUGGGUCUUCCAGAUCAUCCUGGUGUGCACGCCAAGUUUAUGCUUCAUAACAUAUUCUGUCCACCAGUCAGCCAAAGCAAGGGACCGAAGCUACUCCCUUUUGCACCCCUACAUGGAUCACCACGGUCACGGUCACCACGGACGGCAUCAUGACCAUCACGCUCGCAAGCUUCAUGCCCGCAACGUCAAUGGCAUCCUGGUGCAUCCCGAUAGCAGUAAGGAGGAUCACGACUGCCUGGAAGUGAAGGAGAUCCCCAAUGGACCUCGAGGACUCCCUCAAACCAAGAGCUCCAAGGUGCGACGACAGGAGGGCAUCUCUCGCUUCUACGUCAUCCAGGUGGUGUUCCGCAACGCACUGGAGAUUGGCUUCCUCGCCGGGCAGUACUUCCUGUACGGCUUCAAUGUGCCUGGGAUGUUCGAGUGCGAUCGCUACCCGUGUGUGAAGGAGGUGGAGUGUUACGUGUCUCGUCCCACAGAAAAGACCGUGUUUCUGGUCUUUAUGUUUGCUGUGAGUGGCAUAUGUGUGCUGCUCAACCUGGCUGAGCUCAACCACCUUGGCUGGAGGAAGAUAAAGACGGCCAUGCGAGGGGUUCAGGCACGCAGGAAGUCCAUCUGUGAAGUGCGCAAGAAGGAUGUUUCACACCUGUCCCAGGCCCCAAACCUGGGCAGGACCCAGUCUAGUGAGUCAGCCUACGUCUGACAGAGGCUCCUCUGCCUGGGGGCUCAAGGACCUCUUACAUUUUGGAGAAGAGCUUUUCCCUGGCCCAGGACCCAGGAUCAUUAGGGCACAAAACUCACCACUGCAUUAUUAUUCAGGAGCAAGGACAGACUCUGUGUAGCAUCAAUUUCCAAGUAGACUUUGACACUUAAAGAGACGAGAAUCACCGGAAUCUCCAGAGGCAACUGUGUUUCUGAAAGAAAGCUUACACCUGAAGCAUUCACGAUGCAGAGGUUUGCUCUGCCAACGUGACACUAGCUGCCUUCAAAGAACCCAACAGAUUAAACUGAGCAAUUUCUAAACACUGUAAAGAUAGUCUGAGGUUGAACUGUCUGAAGUUCUCUAUUAUUUGCCUUUGCUGUAGGUCAGAGAUAAUCCCCUUAUUUUCCAAUUAUGUGCAUAUGCAAGAGCUUAAGCGUGUGCAUGCAUACGCAUGUGUGGGAAAAAAGCCAAUCUCUGACUCAAGUCAGAAAAUUGAAUGCUAAGCUACUCUAAGCUACCAAGAGAAAGAUGAUAUUAUUUCUCAUUGUCCACAAGCUUCGAGUGAAGUCACUUGGCGGACAAAUAAGCACCUUUUUUAAAACUUACACAAAGACAAACACAAAACCAAUAGCACUAAAACUAUCAGUGAUAACUGGAACACAGUAUUUGUUGUCAGUGUACGAACUCUUACUUAAAAAAGUUGUCACUUUUUCUCGUAUUCUUUGGUGCAUUAGGUCAUCAGACGAUAGACUGACAUUGUAGGGAGCCUUUGUGCAAAGUGAGACACAUGGUGCAUUCAAGAUGAGUAUGAUUUACUUUUCAACACUGUGUUACACUCCACAAUGCUCCCAGUGCCUGCAAGGCAUGCUGUUUACUCUCAGAAAAAGGAAAGUAUGUCAGUGUUUCCACUUCAGCUUACAAAGUUUGAUCCCUGUUUAAGAGGUAUUAAUUUUUUUUUCAAAUAAACAGGACAAAGUAUGGUAGUCACAUAUAUUUUAACAUGUAACCUCAAGCUUUUUUUCACAAGCAGAUCUGGUGCCAUAUGUCAAAGUUACUGUACAUAGAUGAAAUGUUAUAAUUACACUUAGCCUUUUUCCUUAUGCGGUGUAAAUGGGCUUCACUUGAAUGGGGAACAGGGGUUUGGGUGGUAAUGAAGAUUAAUCAUAGAUUGCCAGCUUUAACAAUAUGUAUUAUUAAUGUGCUCUUUGUUAAGCCUUCACCCUCUAAUGGAGACGUUAUGUUUCGAAAGUGUUCCCCUUUAUAAGGACUUUGAAAAAGGCAUGUAACUGAAGCAUUAAUAGAAUGGGUAGAUUACGACAUGUAAUUUUAAAAGAGACUGUUUUAUUUAUUUGCAUCCUGCUCCUGUGAAAUGUUAUACUUAGCAUGCAUGAAGAUGAAAAAUAUAUGAACAUAGAAUCCCCUUGUUGGAAUAUUGAAAGUCAAUACCUGAGAGGCUCCAGAACUGCAGCAAUAAUAAUAUAUAGUAUGUGAAAAAAAAUAUGUGAAUAAAUUAUUAUGCAAA